AUGCCUCUAGACUGUUUGACUGGCUCCGUGCUUGUGGUGCCCUCCAUCUCCAUUGCCAACAUCCCCCAAUUGGCAUCAGAUCUCCUAAUCCACACUCUCAACUUUUCCAAAGUCGACUCUCUUUCAGACAAGUAUCUUUACCCAUUUGCCUCUCCAGUUGACUACACAGACAAACCCAGCGAUGGAAUCUCGCUUGGGCUAGAGGUAUAUUACAGCAAAGAAAACAACUUGACCAUCCUCCACCAAAGGUCUCCAUUGAUGCCCGGUUUUGCCGCUGCCCAUGUGGAGGAAGUUCUUGUGCCAUUCAUAAAAGAAGGCAAAUUCAACCACGUCGUGUUCCUCAGUCUGUCGGACGCAGGCUUGGUGGAGCACAUUGCACCCGGAGGAAUCAGUAUAUACACCAACGAAGAUAUUCUUAGCGAUGGACUUACUAAGCUCCACAUUUCCGAAUCUGACAUUCAACCCUUGGCCAAGUCUCCAGGAAGUGGCUCCAAAUACGAAGAGGCGUUGGUAAAAUCACUUGCGGCCUCAACUAACCUCAGUAUAUUUGUUUCUUACGUAUACGAGGGUGACAAUUUCUACGAUGCUCAAUUGCUUGCUUCCAAAGUCGCUGGAGUUCUCAAUGUGUUCCCAAAAGCAUGGAAGACACCAGUUAGUUGGUUUGGAGUUUACGGCGACAAGCCUGCUCCACUGGCUAUCGAAGAGGGCAUGUACGGUUAA